AUGGACCUUGCAGCUUAUAGUAAAUGUCGUAUUCAAUACCGUCCAGACAAUCCGAAACGUCCUGACAUCAACUAUUCUGAUAGGUCAAUCAUUGAAUUGAGACAAUAUAAUUUUGCUGAUUAUUCAAUACGAGCUGUCGAUGUCGAUAACAAUAAACUAGAGAUCUUUAACGUUCCAUUGCGAAAACCCGAACAAUAUAAACGCGGUGACGGAAUCAAUCAACCUGAUGAAAUUCGUGGCUCUUCCGGAAUUUAUUUCUUAUGGUUGUUUGCACAAACAAUUGAAAAAUUUCAUGACGCAUUAGAUGUUUGCAUCGAACAGCUAAAUACAAUAUCCAGAGAUGAUUCAAAUUCACAAUCAUCCAAUGAAGAUAUGGAAGAAGAAGAUAAUAUUAGUGAAGACAAGGAAAUUCCCUACGAGAUGAUUCAGGGCAAAAUUGAUAUACCCCCUAUAAAUGUUGUUCCUGCUAAAGAACUUCUACUUGAUAUUCAGCGUCUCAAUAAAUAUAUUCAAGAAGGUGAUGAAAUUGCGGCUGUUCAAUUAGCUUCACAAUUCGCCUCACAACAUAUUCGACUGCAAGCAAAAGCAUUAAAAAAACAAAACGAUGAAGCAUCAUUCACAAUUCAAGUUCAACUAGAUGGUGAUGAAUAUGGUAUUGAUCAAAACGGUGGUAAAAUUCCUAUUGAUGUCUUUCGUUUUACAAAAGUGCGAGAAUUACGUGCGGCUUUCGAAUUUGCAUAUCAAUAUCCGCCAAAUAAUCAAUAUUUUUUUGUUAACGGCUGCUUAGCCCAUGAUGAUUCGACAAUGAAAGAUUUAAAUGUUGGACCAAACUCUUUAUUCAUUUUAUUCUUCUUAUCAUAUCCAAGAACAUUUAAUAGAACUGCAAGUAUAUCUGCUAGCGUAAUUUCAUUAGAAAUAAGACUUGUUUCUUUUCGUGUACGGCAGGGUCCUUGGACAUGUUUCGCUUGCAAUACACGGAAUGAUCAACAUCAACAGCGAUGUCUCACAUGUACAGCGAAACCGACAGACUAA